AUGCGUGCUCCGAUGAACAACGGCUGGUUCAUCGGCCUCAUCGCACAAAUUCAUACCAAGAAACAGCAUCCAGUUCCACUUGUCAUGAGUUUGCCGGUCAAGGAUGACACUCUAGGCUCUCCCAAGUUUGCGCGCAGACCGCCAAUUCACAAAAUAAAAGCAGAACUUGAACUUUCAUUAGCAUUCGUCUUCGCUUCCAUCCUAGGGAAUUACAGCAGGCUGGCUCUCACUACACUCACCGAUUAUCCAGGGGCAUAUGUAGAGGGCCCUACGAUUCUAUGGUCCAAUAUAGCUGCGUGCUUCAUCAUGGGUCUAAUGCAGAUAAUCUACCGUUACAAAGUGAUAAGUCCACUGUUAUUCACCGCCAUUACCACCGGCUAUUGCGGUUCACUGUCAUCCUUCUCAAGUCUGAUGGUUGAGCUAUUUGAACAUUCAGCAGAUCAAUUACAAAGCAAUGUCGAGUCUUACCCAAACAACGGCUACGCAAUUAUGGAGUUUUUGGCUGUGCUAUUUGUGCAAUUGUUAGCGUGCAUGUGUAGCCAUAUUUUUGGCCUAUUUGUUGCGAAGGAACUGGCCUUGUCAUUCAAGGACUUUGAAAGUAAAGAGCUGUCACUUCCGGCCCGCAGAGUCCGCCAUGGCUUUGACAUAAUAGAGAAAAUCGUCAUGGCGCUUGCUCUUCCAGUGUUGGUGGUGCAGAUUGUGCUGGCCGGUGUCUAUGGAAAUUUCUCCAGGUAUUGGACGCUGUCCGCAAUUUUUGCCUUUCCAGGCACCCAACUGCGUUACGGAUUAUCAAAGUGGCUCAAUCCUACGUUGAAGUACUUCCCUCUGGGGACUUUCGCGGCCAACGUUUUUGGAUCACUAGUGCUCGCGAUUUUGACGCUUGUGUCAAGAGGCAAGAGUCAAGAUGGUUCUUACAUUGUUGCGCCGGGAUCGACGGCUCAAACGGUUGUCAUAGCCCUUGGAAACGGAUUUUGCGGCUGUUUGACUACCAUAAGUACCUUCAUCAACGAGUGCCACCGUCUCUCGCUAUCCAGAGUGGUGAUAUACUACUUUUGCUCUAUUUUCUUUUCCUUCUGCCUCGUCGUUGUCACUCUUGGCUCUUACGCCUGGACCCGGGGCAUUGCAUAG